AUGGCGACAAUUGAUGAUAUUGAGGAACUCGAGCGCGAGCUAGGUCAGCAGCGUGUCGAGAACGCCUAUUACCGCGACUGCUACGCGCUUUUCAAGCUCCUGCAAGAUCUCACAGAAAACACAUCCCAGGAUCUGCAGCGUCUUUACAAUUCCGAGUCAUCAAAUGACCUGCGCCGUUCCGGCCAUGAAAUUCUGUGGUCUUUGCAAAAUACGAUAUUUAAUAUCAUUGAGAAGGCUUGCGACUCCGAAAAGGGGUUGGAAAAUCUCUGUCUCGUGGACUCAUUCUACUCAGCUCGGGCUACCUUGGAGCCGAUUAGGACCAGGUACACUGAUACAGAGGCGACCCAUGGGGCACAGCAAACAGCUAUGGAUAUUGCCCUCAAGCCUUGGCGAUCUCGGAAAGAAGGAAAAUAUGUCAAGCGGUCGUGA